AUGGAUUAUUAUGAUGGUUUUUAUACAGAAACUCGAGUAAUUCACAGUUUUGUCAAGCUAAGAAUAUGCUCAUAUUUGGAGUCAUCAGCUACUAACAUUGCAAAACAGGAAUUUGUCCCACUUGUCAUUUUUGGCAAAAACUAUUUGUCGUGGGCCAUGGAUGUUGAAAUGCAUCUGGAAUCGAUGGGCCUGGGUGAAACGAUUGCGAGAGUCAAGAACCCUCAUGACUUGUGGAAUAAACUAAAAGAAAGAUACGAUCACCUGAAGUUGAUCGUACUGCCGAAAGCCCAUAGCGAAUGGCACAAUUUGAGGUUGCAGGACUUCAAAUUAGUCACUGAAUAUAAUUCUGUCAUGUUCAGGAUCACUUCACAUUUGAACUUAUGCGAACAAAACAACCAACUGUUGUUGAAAAAUCAUGCAUCCAAGCCAACAAGUUCCAGCCCAUUCCCUGAAGCGAAUGCGGUACAGUCUGCAAAUUCAGGCCGUGGAAACAACAAAGGCCGGAGAUAUGGCAGGGGCCAAAAAUGCAACCAUCCCCAACCUCAUCGAAAUAAUGGCAAGAAACCAUACAAGCCCCUGAAGUGGCAGAAUAACGAGCAGAAAAGAAAUUAUAAAGAUAAGUGCCACAGGUGCGGCACAAAGGGACACUGGUCGCACGUCUACAGAACGCCUAAGCAUUUAGCUGAUUUGUACCAGGCUUCACUGAAAGGGAAAAAUAUGUCUGAUGAUGUAAAUCUCUCUGAGCAGAAUAAUGAUGAUGCAUAUGAUGAUGUCCUAAAGAACACAUCCGCUGAUGUAAACCUUGCUGAAUAG